AUUGGAGAAUAUCAAAAAGAAGAAGCGUAUCGAGGUUAUAUUUACACAUAUUGGUGACAUAUUUUUAAUACUAUUUGGUAUUUAGUGAAUAGCUAUACAUGUUUUUAUGUUGGUGUAUUGCUUAACUUACGGAUUAUUUAAAUAUUAAUUCAUUAGUUAAAUUUUGUUUAAUUUAUUUUUCAAAUUUCAAAAUAUUUUAAAAAUUCUAAAACAUGAAAAAAAUCGAAAGAACUCAAGGAGAUGGAAUAGAUAAUGCUGCACUUAAUGAAACUAAUCAUCUAGAAUAUUUGAGAAAUACUUUUUCUGCUUCCCAACGAAGUAUGAAAAUACUAAAUUCUUUAAGACCUGUAGAGCCGAAAUGUAAAGUUAUUUAUUUGACACCAAAACAUACAUCUUCCACCAAGUCAGCUCCUAAUUAUUUUGUACAAAAACCAAAGGAACCCAAAUUUGUGCCGUGCGAACCCUAUAAGGCUGCAGUUGAACCUUUAUCUACAGGUAAAAAAAAUAACAACAAAAUUCCAAAAAGAAUGGGAAGAAAUGAUAUGGAUUUACAGAAUCUAGUGGUUCAGUUGUCAGAAACCAGAAAAAUUGAAAUGAAUAAGUUAAACAUAAAUGAACAAGUAGAUGAUAUUAAUCACAAUAAAUUGUUACUGGCAUGGAAAAAAGAAAAAGAACAGUAUGAAGUUGAUUUACAGAAUUUGCGUUCUUCAAAUACACUUUUAGAGAAUCAAUUGAAGUUUCAGGCACAGGUUAACAGUGAAUUAAAAACACUCUUGGUAGCUGCGGUGGGAGAAGAUCUAGAAAACAGGGUACAACAUCUCACUGAAGAUAAACUAUCACUGGCAAGAGCAUUAUUAAAUUCUGCAAAUCAUUUAACUUCACACCAAGAACAGACAGAAUGGCUAUCAGGUCAAUGUGAAGUAUGGAGAAGUAAGUUUUUAGCUUCCAGUUUGAUGGUUGAAGAAUUAGCCAAAUGGAAAUCUGCAUUAUCAAACAGAACUAAUGAGCUGCUUGAAGUAAUUAAAACUCUUCUUACUGAAAGGAAGAAGAUUCAUUCUCAACUAGCUGAACUCUUGAAUAAUUUAGAUGAUAUAAACAAACAUAUCUGUAAAGAAAACUACCAACAGCCAGUUUUGAAAUAUGGAAAUAUAUUGGAAGUGACUAAUGUUUGUCUUGAAUUAACAAAAAUCCUUAGCACUAAUUUGGGUGUAAAGACAAAUGAAAGAAUGGCAAUGCUUAAUAAUUUACAACCAACAGUAGCAGAAAAGACUGCGGAAAGACUGCUCAACAAUCCUAUAUCUAUUAGUAAUAAACCAGAUCUAUUGUGUAAUGCCGUAAUAGGAGCUGCAUCAUCUUUAGGAAAUGAACAAAUGUUUCUACAGUAUCCUUCUCUACAUUCCUGUUGUUCUCAUUGUACAGGAGAACUACAAACUAUUUGACAGGUAUAAAAGUGUAAAAAUCAAUUUUAUUUUUAAGUUAGCAAUAAAUAAGGCAGAUUGUUUUCAUUAUAUUUAUUAAAUAAAUUGGAAAAAAAUGUUUUUUUUUUUGUAUAUAAUCCACUUGUUGAAUUGAAUUACAAAACUAAUGUGCUUCAAAAAACCGUUUUGUGAUAUCUUGUCAUAUUAGUAUUAAAAGCAAAGAAGAUGAUACAUGUAUCUAUUUAUGAUGAGAUUGUAAAUAUUAAUAUUGAAUUUAUAUCAAUAUGCAUAUCAAGUGACCUAACAAUGUUUAUUGCAAAAUAAGUAUCAACAACUAGAUGUUGUAUUAUUCACUUUGUGGAUUAAAAUCAACAGAACAAAAGAUCAUUAUUACAAAUUCUUUUUUAAUUAAAAUUAACAAUAUUGCAUUUUAUAAUAAUUCAUCUAAAAUUAGCAGAAGAUAGUUUCUCUAUAAACGGCACUUUGGUUCAACACCUGGUAAAUUUGCCAUUAGUCAAUUUCAAACUUUAGUGUUAAUAUAUACAAAUUAUAUUUCAACCAUAGAAUGUUUUUGAAUAUCAUCAUAUGUUACUAGAAACUUUUAAUUAUAAUCAGUUUCAUAACAUUUUUUAUUAUUUGGUCCCACGUGAUGUUUUUCCAAAAACUCCCAAAAUCGAUUUUGUAUAUUCUUUUUUUUUUAAACAAGUUUAAAUUUGACUGUUCGGAAUAUGGGUAGAAAUAAUAGAAACAAUUAUUGCUUAUAUAAUAAUUUUAUUUCAGAAAUAUUGAAUCUACAGUUUCCUAUUUUUUUUCAGUAAAUUGUGAACUUUGGUAUAACUAUUACUAUAUAAAUUAUCAAUUUAUGUCAUUUUAGUUAAUUGUUUAGCAUCUUUAAUAUUUGUUUGAUUUUUUUUAAUAUCGAAAUAUUGUUUCUCGAAAUAUGGAAAUAAAUCGAUAUAAUUUGAAAAUAUUUUUAUUUUUGAUUUAGUCUAGUUUCAUGCUCAAAAUUUCAAGUUGAGAAUUUCAAUCAUUUUAAAACUGAAAAAAUCGCUUUUUUUAUUUGUAGGUGUUUCUUGUUCAUUAUUCGACUGUAAUGAAUGUUUUCCUUCAUUAUGUCAACAAAAAAAAAAAGAAACACGUUAUUUAAUAAGAUCUAGAUUAAAUCAUCAAUGUCAAUAUUCAUUUACUUUCAUAUCUUGAGAUUAAUUAUUUUUCUCUUAUAUAAUCUAUACGAUGUAAAUUUAUUUAGGAUUCUUUUAUAAGUGCGGGUUUUAUCUUUUUUAUCUUAUUCUCACAAAUAUUAAACUAUUUGUAUAAAAAAUAAUAAAUACUUCAGCAAUAACAAA